AUGAAUAGUAAAAAUUGGAAUGACAGAGCUGACAAAGACUUGUUCUUUACUAUUCUCUCUGUCAAAAACAUUGGCGUCAUAAGCGGCUCAGAAUGGACCACCAUUGGUAACCAUAUGAGGAGCCUGGGUUAUGGCUUCACCAAUGAAGGCUGCCGACAACAUUUUCAGGGGCUUCGCAGAGCUCAGAAUAAAGCAGAGACAGCCGGACCUAACGGCGAUAUCAUACGCAGGAAUGAUCCGACUAUGAAUCCGAUCACCCGUCGUCCUGGUCCUGGAAGAGGUCGGCCCAGGAAACAGCCUCCUGUUCCUGUUCCAGGAGCUGGAGAAAUCCCCACCGAUCAGCCCAUGCCGGUUGGUAUCGCUCCUGGGCCCAACCCCAUAGCUCCCUACCCCCAUCCUCAUCCCCAGGCAGUCCAAUCUUAUGGUGUGCCGCCUGGCAACCAUCAAGCUGGCGCUCAUCUACCAGCUCAACCCGCUGCACAGCCUGGCAACAUCUCUCCUGCGAUUCCUACUCAACAAGUUCCUUCCCCCAGCAACGUACCUCAUGUUCAGGGUCCGAUAACUUACCCAAGCCCCCCUCGUGCCCCUGACACUCCCCAGGAGCCUGCUCAUCUUCAUCCUCUUCAGCAUGCACAAUCCGGUCAACCUGGCCAACAGCCUCAACCAGAACAGCAACCCCCGCCUGGCCAACAGCUCCAGUCAGAGUUUCAACCUCAACCAGAUCAACAGGAUGAACCUGAUCAGGCUUCGCAACCAACUGCACAGCCUCAGCCAGAGCAGGAAAACUCAACUGAAUACCAAUCCCAGAAUGUCUCCCAGGAAGCUCCUCGAGAGGCCCGUGAAGAAACCGAUGCAAGUGCUGCAUCUCACCAUGCUCCAGUGGAGCAGAACGAUGAGGACUCUCAAGCUGCUUUGACCUCGGAGCCUCUGCAACAUCCCAACGAGGAUAUCGAUGCUGAUGGCGAUGCUGAUGGUGAUGCCGAUGCCGAUGCUGACGCCGAUGUUGAUAUUGACGUUGACGCUGACGCUGACGGCGAGGCGGAUAUCGAUAAUGAUGAGCCGGCCGCUAAACGGCCACGGUUAAGUUCGCCUGAACCCCCCAAGGAUACCGAUAUGGAUGAUGAAGCUGUCUUGGCCCUGGCAGCUCAUAACGGGUCUACAGACUUUGCUUCCGAUUUUGCUACUUAUGGUGAGGCAUAG